UCUACACUCUCUAAAACUUCCAACACAUUUGAAACACAGAAACAUCGGCGGAGGCGCAAAGCUUAGAGCGAGAAAAUGAUGUUCGAGAGCAGCCAAUUCGACUCGACCCCCAGCUUCGUCUCUUCGCAAACCGCCGAUCCAUCUCCCUCCGCUGCCAAGAUUCGAGAUGCCCAGCCGAUGCAUCCGGUUACAGUGAAGCAAAUAGUGGGAGCGAGUUCGUCGGACGACGACAAGUCGAAUUUCCUCAUCGACGGCAUUAGCGUCUACAACGUGAAAUUGGUUGGAAUGGUAUUCGACAAAACAACAAGAGUUACUGAUGUAUCGUUCGUGAUUGAUGAUGGUACAGGGCGUAUUGGCUGCACAAGAUGGGUUAAUGAUGCACAGGACACCCAGGAACUGGAGGAAUUAACAGAUGGGAUUUAUGUACGAGUUCAUGGCUAUUUAAAGAGUUUUAAAGGCAAAAGGCAAAUAGUGGUUUAUGCCAUCAGGCCUGUGAAAGAUUACAAUGAGAUUGCAAACCAUUUCAUUGAAUGUGCUCAUGCCCACAGUAGCAACACUAGAUUACAGAAGAAUGGUUCUGCUACUUUAGCUUCCUCAGCUGCCACUACUCCUAGCAAUGGACAGCAAGCUGUCUCAUCUAGUCAAGUCUCUCAAGAAUACAACUUGGAUGGAAUGGGGAUCAUCGAUAAGAUGGUUUUGGACUAUCUCCAUCUGCCCACAUCCAUUAAACAGGAACAGGGCAUCAGUCAGAAUGAAAUUGCACAAAAACUAAAAAUCUCCCAAGAAAAGAUCGCAGAAGCAAUGCGAUCUCUUGAAGCACAAGGGGAGGUGUAUUCAACCAUUGACGAAUUCCACUACAAGAGUGUGAAAGCUUGAAGUAUAAGCAGUAGUCUAUGGCAGCGCGUUUGCUUGUAAUAUAUCUAGAUGCUAAUUACCGUUUUAUUUUAACGAUAUCAUUUGAAUUCGAAUUUGGCUGUGCUGCUUGGUUUAGUUAAUGUGUUGCGUUUGCGUGGAGUAGAAAACAGUUGGGAAAGUGAAUUACUAAUUAGGGCCUCAA